AGUUUCACAGUUGUCAAAAUUUAUUUACAUGUACACGUCAGUAUUAUUGUGGGAUUUUUUGUGUAAAUGUGGUGUAAAUUCUAGAAAAAAUACUAACAAGUUUAGUUUAAAUUCCUCUGAUUUAUUGUUAAAUAAACCUUUUUCGACCACGAUAAAGUACUGCAUCUUGUUGAAUUUAAACAUUGUGCAAUAGUUGCAAACGCGGGCAUUAUCUCAGUGUUUUCCGCUUGACCUCAGGUUUUAAACCCACGCAAUGGAUCCCGAAUACGAGGAACGACAGAACUACUACUCACUUAAUCCUUUUACUUAUGUGCUGCGGUUCCUAGCUUUGUACGGCUGGUACGCCAUCGGCGGCGCGGCGGCGCUGCUGUGCGCUGCCACUUGGCUGCGGCCACGCUACCGCCGCUGGCUGGAGGCCAAGGAGGACGCGGAGUACCAUAAGAACCCUGACAAAGCCAUAGCGCGUAUGGAAGCGAUCCAGCGCGCACGUGAGAAGCAGCAGGAGCUUCUGCUCAGCGCUUCACAGAGGGCGUUAGAACAGCAGAAGGAGCGUGAGGAGCGCAAGAAACAGGAGAAUUUGGAGAGGCUGAAGAAAUACGGCGCCGCCGCCGGCGGACAGAAGCUCGGCACGCCCGACGACGAUUACUUGCCUCUGAGUGGCGGCGCGUCCACGUCAUCCUACCGCCCGCCCAAGCGCUCGGCGUGCGGCGGCGGCGGCUGCGGACGGUAGGGCGCCGCCCGAGCGAUGGAGGGGCUUGUGGAGGGGGGUGGGGGAUAGUUGACAGCGUGCAUCAGUAGGAGGGGGGAGGGAUAAAUUGUCAGCAAAAAUAAAUUUAUGUUGAAUUAUUAACAGAAAAUACUCUAGUAAUAAAUAAAAUAAUAGAAGUGCUUUUGCACACGCCGCCAUUCGCACUUCGAUAUAUUCAUUCAUCUCUUUCUCUAAGGGGAUUAUCACACUGCACCGCGCUCCGCCGCGGCACGCGGGACGACAGAUUUAAUCAUUGUAUGCAAGUAGCUCAAUUUGUAUAGAAAACACGCGCGGCACAAGACACUGACAACGCGUCUGCGUGUGGGAUUUUUUGUAUGUAAUCACACGGAGCGCGGUGCAGUGUGAUAAUAGUCUGACUGAGGGAAACUAAUGAUUGUAAUAUGAGACAGAAAGAUUUGUCAAAAUUAUAUUGCAUAGCAGUUCAGUUAUGUUUAUAUUGGUGUUACUUAAUUAUUUAACUUUAACUAAUGUUCGUUCGAGAUCUGUUAUGUACUUGACUGACUAAAAAACUAGUCAGCAGAAACUUUUUGUAUAUUAUUAUUACUUAGCAAUGUGACGGGUGUUCAGUAUUGUAAUAAAGCCAUAAGACUAUUAAA